AGGCCAGCAUCAUCUUCAGGGGAGGGGGAAGCCCACAGGCAGCCUGGUGCCAGGGGCAGGGAGCCAGCAGACAGCAAGGUCAUGUGUCAGCACAGGCUGUGCCAUGGGCGGGUGGCUGGGCCCCCGCAGUGCAGGGCUGAGCCCUCUGCCCAGGACUGGCCUUGUCCCCCCAUCCCUCCCACACAGCCUCUGGUGUCUGUCCCUCCUUUUGGCUGCUCAGCUGGCCCUUUGGGUGCUGGGGGCUGAGUGGCUUCCUGGGGCAAGGAGAACCUGGGUACCAGGCAGCCCCAGAUCCUCUGAUGGAGUCUGUGUGUCUGUCUGUCAGUCUGACUGUGCACUGGAUAUCUCAGACGGUUUAUUUAACUGUCUUGGCCCCAGUUACUUGUGGUUUAGACCACCAGGAGAAUAAGUACGGGGAGCCUGGCAAAGGAGGAGCCUGACACACCUCCUCUAUUCCUGCCAGCUUUGCCAGGAGAGCACUGCUUCUAUACCCUUACCCUUGCAAAUGAGCCCCUGCUUCCAGCUGCACACCAGUCAAACCAGUUCCAAAGCUGGGGUUGCCCCUGGGAACUUCCAUCUUUCUGAACACAUGGUCACCCUGGGUUUCCCCGAAGUGGGGUUUCCUCAGGGUUGGGAGCUGGAAAUGACACUUUCUGUGCCCUCCACAUGCUGGAUUUGUCCAUUGUCUUGGCCAGAGGAAUAGAGAAAGUGAGUUCAGGCACCUCUGCCCAUCUUCCAAACUUCACUCUGUGUGCCCUCUAUGUCCCCUUCCACUCUGCUUUCCCUGCUGGCUGGGUGCCUUCCCAUGGCUGUCUUACCCCAGGAGAUGAGUCACAUGAGUCACAUGUGGAGGUGACAUUAGGGGACAGGGAGACAGCCAGAACUGACCCUUUUUCUCUCUCAGAGUUAAAUGCCUCCCGGGCCCGUGGCAGCAACCACAGUGUGAACAGCCUGCCGGGCCCACCAGCCACGUGUGGAUCCAGCCAGGGCUCUGUGGUCAGCUGGGCUGAAUCCUUUGAGACCCUGCUGCAGGACCGUGUGGCUGUCACCUACUUCACCGAGUUCCUCAAGAAAGAGUUCAGUGCUGAAAACGUCUACUUUUGGCAGGCAUGUGAGCGCUUCCAGCAGAUCCCGGCCAGCGACACACAGCAGCUGGCCCAGGAGGCACGACGGAUCUACGAUGAGUUCCUCUCCAGCCACUCAGUCAGUCCUGUGAACAUUGACAAGCAGGCCUGGAUUGGGGAGGACAUGCUGGCCAACCCCUCCCCAGACAUGUUUCGCAUCCAGCAGCUCCAGAUCUUCAACCUGAUGAAGUUUGACAGCUACACACGUUUUGUGAAAUCCCCACUCUACCAGGCCUGCCUGCGGGCAGAGAGCCAGGGCCAGCCCCUGCCUGACCUGCGGCCCCACUCCCGCAGCAGCAGCCCCCCUCCUGACCUCAGCAAGAAGACGAAGCUGAAGCUGGGCAAGUCACUGCCACUGGGCGUGGAGACAGCGGGCAGCGGUGCCAACCGCAGCCUUCAGCGCUCCUUCAGGAAGGGAGAGCGGCGGGAGCCAUCCUGGGCAGAGGGGGGAGAAGGCAGCAGGAGUGCCAUGCUGUGGAGGGAGUCCCAGGGCUCACUCAACUCUUCAGCCAGCCUGGACCUGGGCUUCUUGUCCUCGGCCAGCACAGCCGCCAGCCCCUGGCCGGAGGGCCAGCAGAAGAGCCUGGGGGGCAGCGAGGCAGAGCUGCCAGCCAAACCCAUGAAGUACUGCUGCGUGUACCUGCCCGACGGCACAGCCUCGCUGGCCUCUGUCCGGCCCGGCCACUCCAUCCGGGACAUGCUGGCAGGGAUAUGUGAGAAACGCGGCUUCCGCCUCCCCGACAUCAAGGUCUUCCUGGUGGGGAAUGAGCAGAAAGCGUUGGUGCUGGACCAGGAGUGCUCUGUGUUGGCAGACCAGGAGGUGAAGCUGGAGAACAGGAUAAGCUUUGACCUGGAAAUCUCCUCCCUCAACAAGACCAUCCGCAUCACAGCCAAGUCAACCAAGCGCAUCCGGGAAGCGCUGCAGCCCGUGCUGGGCAAGUACGGCGUGAGCGUGGAGCAGGCGCGGCUGCGCAGGCAAGGUGAGCCAGCCACCCUGGACUUGGAGAAGCUGGUCAGCACAGUGUCUGCUCAGAAACUUGUCUUGGAAACACCAGCAGACGUGCGAGCGAUGGGGAGCGCUGAGGCUGCGGCUGCCCCCUCUCUGCUCCGGAGUGAGGAGGGAAGCCCAACAGGAGCAGAACCUGACACACGAUGGGAGGUGCCCUCCUCCUUCUCCAGGCCACAGUCUUCAGCUGCCAUGAACCUCAACCGCCGCACGUACGACCUGGAAGGGCUGGUGGAGCUGCUGAACCGUGCCCAGAGCUGCCGGGCCAACGACCAGCGUGGGCUGCUCUCUAAGGAGGACCUGGUCCUGCCUGACUUCCUCCAGCUCCCCGUGCGGGAUGACAGUGCCUGUGAGGGGUCACAUCAGCCCAGUGCCCCUCAGGCUGGCUCUGAGGGAAGCAGCUGCCCUCAGGAAGAGCCUGCGCUGGCUCAGCCUUCGUUCGACCACAAGCUCUGAUGAGUCCUGGUGCGUGGCACCCCCAGGCCAUGCCGGGGUUCAACAGGGGCCCCACAGCCCCUGCCCUGCACCGCUGACACUGCCUGGACUGCAGAUCCAUCCACGUCCUGUCCCAAGCUGUCAUGUCGUGUCGCUGUGAGUGGCUGAGCAGCUGCCAUGCCCCUCUGUGGGGCCACGUCCCGGUGCACAUCGAGGGAGUCUUGUACAUAGUUUGAACCCUCGUUGCAAAGGACUUUGCAACAUCCCUGGCGCUGUCCUGCCCAGUGCCUCUGCCUGCAGCAGAGCUGCCUGCCCAGCACAUCCUGCCUGUGUCAAGCUGACACAGCCCCACUCACUCUCUGGGUGGGGAAAGCUCCCUUCCAACUGCAGGGUGUGCAGGAUAGACAGGGUGGGUGGGGAGGAAAGGCAGGCUCCAGUCCUGAACUCCAGUGCUGUGGGCAGGCAGGGUCAGGAGAACAUGUGCCCGGAGCUCAGAGCCAGAUCCAGUCGCUGGCCCCGUGGGAACAGGGCUGCCCCGUUGUUGAUUUGCAAGUCCACCCUUCCUGGGGAGGGUGAGCAUGGCCCUGCCAGGCUGUGCCCCGUGCAGGUUGUUAUGUCUGCAUUGUGUGUGUGGCCUGAUCCUGCCACAGUAGCACUGCUUGGAGCAGGGCACAUGGUUCCUGGCCCAGGCAGCCAGAGGCAGAGCCAGCAGAUGGUGCCAAAAAAGCCUUCCUCCUCCCCGCUGGAGAUCCUGUGUGGGCGGCUGCUGAGGGACACGCAGGAGCAAAGCCCCAUAUCCCCCCUGCCCCGUCCCCACUGGGGCGUGGGUGCUCAGCCUUCCAGGACAGCUCUGCUUGGUGCCAGAAGAAUGCAGCACCCCUGGGUGCUGAGCACCUCAGCCUGGUGUGCAGGUCCCCAGCGUGUGCCCAGCCUGUCAUUCCUGCCAGUGGCUGUGCUGGGCUGUAGCCUUGAGCCCCGAUCCAGUCCUGGAUGUGUGCUGCUGGCUCCCAUGCCCAGUGAUCCCAGACAGAAUCUGUGAUGGAGACAUUCCCCAGGAGAUCCCUCCACAGUCCAUCCGUGCCAGAGCCCUUCCUGGCUGUGCUUUGGGUAACCACUCCACCACCACUGCCUGGCCAGAGGCAGAGGGGUUACCCAGGGCCCCCAGGCUUGCCCAGAGAUGGGGGCAUGGCCACCCAGCCCUAUGCUGCCACAGCCAGCUGCAGCCCUGUGGCCUUAGUCAGAGCCCCCCUGUGUCUCUGUGAUGCUGCUCAGUUCUGUCUGUGGUGUGGAACCAGGGGAAAUAAAGAGCAUUGCCUGGAUGUACCUUU